AUGGAUGAAGCUGGGGCGCUAGAAGGCUUGCCUGACGAUGCAGGUGCACUUGAAGGCUUACCACUUGACGGCUUCGCAGAGGAAGGCUUGGCGGACGACAUGGGAGCACUGGAAGGCUUCCCAGAUGAGGCUGGGGCACUUGAAGGCUUUCCAGAUGAAGCCGGCGCACUUGAGGGUUUGCCAGAUGAUGCUGGUGCGCUGGAUGGCUUUCCUGAGGAUGCAGGGGCACUCGAAGCGGGCUUGGACGAAGCUGGCUUUGAAGAUGCGGGAGCAGACGAUGGCUUAGCAGAAGACGCCGGAGCACUUGAGGCCGGCUUAGACGAUGCUGGGGCACUUGAAGCAGGCUUGGAAGAGGCUGGUGCACUGGAUGCUGGCUUGGACGAUGCGGGAGCACUUGAAGCUGGUUUUGAUGAUGCCGGAGCGCUCGACGCAGGUUUCGAAGAAGCUGGGGCGCUUGAAGCAGGCUUAGAUGAGGCCGGGGCAGAAGAUGCUGGCUUGGAUGAAGCCGGAGCACUUGAGGCCGGCUUAGACGAUGCUGGGGCACUUGAAGCAGGCUUGGAAGAGGCUGGUGCACUGGAUGCUGGCUUGGACGAUGCGGGAGCACUCGAGGCUGGCUUAGAUGAGGCCGGAGCAGAUGAUGCGGGCUUGGACGAUGCGGGAGCACUUGAAGCUGGUUUUGAUGAUGCCGGAGCGCUCGACGCAGGUUUCGAAGAAGCUGGGGCGCUUGAAGCAGGCUUAGAUGAGGCCGGAGCACUCGAGGCUGGCUUAGAUGAAGCCGGAGCACUUGAGGCCGGCUUAGACGAUACUGGUGCACUGGAUGCUGGCUUGGACGAUGCCGGAGCACUCGAGGCGGGUUUUGAGGACGCUGGGGCGCUUGAUGCCGGAGCAGAAGAUGCCGGCUUGGAUGAAGCUGGGGCACUGGAUGCUGGUUUAGAUGAUGCCGGGGCGCUCGACGCCGGUUUCGAGGAUGCCGGAGCGCUUGAAGCUGGUGCACUUGAAGCGGGUUUUGAGGACGCAGGAGCACUUGAAGCAGGCUUAGAAGAUGCCGGGGCGGAUGAAGCCGGAGCACUUGAAGCUUGCGCCGCAACACGAUCCCUCUUCACAGCACGACUAACACGACAAUCCAACGCUGCCCGAGCCGCCUUCAUAUCUCCGCAGACCUUCAUCGCCGCCGGCAAGCUCUCCUCCCUGUCCAGCAUAUCUCUCUUCACAUUCUGUCCCUGCUUCCAAGCCUCAACCGCUCGAUAA